GCAGCAACAGGAUGCUAUUGAUUUCCCUUGGUCCUUCAGUCUUCUGGGCCCAACGAAUCCAGGCCGUGUUGACGGACGGUGUUGCCACCCUCAUGUGCGAAGCCUACCGGUUCGCAAAGAGCUGUAUUUCCACAAUUGCCGAUGUUUUCGAUGAUACACUCGUAGAGCUCGGUCAACAAGCAGAUGGACAUAUUAGUAUGGCCUUCCCUUCACUGUCAAGCAUCCGGUCCGCACAAGAUGCAGGAAGCCUCCUCGUCUCAGGCGCACGCCUUCACAUCCGCGCAUUCCACUUCUACGAGGACGACGGACUCCUCCGACGCGCCCGGCUGAUAGAAAUGUACGACCUCGCAUGCUCGCUCAUCAAUUCCAUCGCCUCGGUAGACCAAGCGACCGACUAUGCCAUGUAUACCUCCGAGUCCGUAUACCGCACGCUUAACAUGCCCGCGAGCGCCAUCCUCCGGGUAACGUGGAGUGAUCUGCCCGAUCAGGUCGAUUUGACGGUCGGCGAGCGAGAGUAUUUCUCGUCUAUUCAUGUUCUCAAGCGCCGGAUGAUCCGCAAUAAUGAUCUGAAUGGGCGGACGGCGGGCGUGCUCACGCAGCUGUGGCGGAGUCCGCAGACGUUCAAGCGGAAGAGACGGGUCUUCAACGGCCAGACGGACCCGUAUCUUGAGCAAAGUAGUGAUAGCACGACGGUCAUGAUGCCGAAUGAGAUGGACGACGAUAUUAACUCGGCAAGCGAACAGCGAAAAUGCUCCGUCGUAUCCGCCAAGCGGGGAACCCAUGCUGCCACCGAUCUCCGAAUUCGCCGAGUUCUCGGCUAG